UUUUUUUUGUAUUCUCCAAAUCAGCGAGAGAAGGAUGAGAGACCUUUCGUUAGAGUUGGUGGAAUUGAUAGCACAGCAUUGUCCAUCGAGCAAAGAUAGAGCUUCGCUUUGUCGAGUCAAUCGAUGGUUCUACAACGGUACCAUACGACUUUUGUAUAGAAACGUCAUGUUGAACACACUGAAUCAAUAUUAUGCAUUCGGAGGAUCGCUCAAAGCCAACCACAACAAUCGAUGUUACACACGACGAUUGGAUCUAUCGAGUUUGACGACUCGAGGCGCGCGUUUGACAAAGAGGGAAGCCGAUAAGGUGAUCGUCGCCGAAGAGCUGACGGAGAUCCUUCGAAAUUGCUACUAUUUAGAGGAACUGUCUAUAGGAGAACAGACGUUGCGCGCUUAUGCCAACUCCAGUCUCAGGCAGCCGAUAUUCCAUCAUGAAACAAGGCUCACGACGAUUGAAUUUAUAGACAUUGGUGAUAGGAGCAUGAUUCCUGGUCUGGAGCGAUUUCUUAAAGUACGGAUGGACAGGUCGACCCGACCACGGGCACGGGCUGGAUGGGCCUCCUCCACGCAAGAUGCAGCCAAAAGCGAGCUCUUGGGGGAGGAUGAAGAGGGUGGCAAAGACGUAGGCUUGAAGGAAGCAACCACUGUUGUGCACGACGACUGGCUGAUCCCAGCCAAGCUCGAGUCCAUCUCCUUUUACAUGUGCGUCGCGCUGUCGCAAGAAAACUUUUUUAUUCCUUUUUUCGACACAUUCGCUGCAUCCGAACACUGCCAGAGGUUACGUAAACUUGACAUGGCCUAUACGCGGGUGACAGGUCGUCUUUUUUCAAGUCUGCGGAAGGUGACCCAGCUGACGCAUCUGAGCGUCAAAGGAUGCCACGUAUUAAGCUGCUGCUCUCCUUUUAUCGAUUUCAUUGAAAACAGCCACGACCUGGUGGAACUCAACAUGGAUAUGAGCAUGAAUGGUAUUGGCAGUACUCGAUUUUGUGCUGACUGCCUUGGACGCAUCGUCCGAUCGGUGGGGAGAAAGAUAAAGUCGCUGGACAUGGGGGGCCAUGAUGGCCUCACGGAUACCGUGUUGGAGCGAUGGAUGAAACAGCCAUCCGACUUGCUUCAGCAUGUAAAGUAUGUAUCGCUUGCCUAUUGUCGGCAUAUCAGCCAAGACGGCUUGAGGGCGUUCAUAGCAGGCCUACCCCAUCUUUUUUAUCUCAAUUUGGCACAAAUCGCCUUCAAGAGAGACUUCCGGCUCGUUCCACCGCUAUUAGAGAUGAUCCACAGUACGAAUGCUCACAUUAAGGUUCUCGAGGUGGGUUGUACCCAUCGACGAUGUGAUGACGAGCCUCUUUAUGGAUGGAAGCCAGCCAUGAAUGGAAGACGAUUUUUUUAUAGCCGAGAUGAGGUGGAGCCUCGAUUUGUCUAUUCCAACAAGAUACUUUUCACAGAGCAAGAACAAUUAUCCCCUUUGAAUCGCUAUUGGUCAUUUAUUUCUUGACAUAAUAAAACAUGUUGACGAAGGCCAUGCACUUUGAGACCAUUUUCUGGAGGUGAG